CCGACUGUUUCCCCCGGACAGCGAGAGCACUUCCGCUUUGACGGUGUACAAGGAGACGGGAUUGGGAUGUGAAAAUGAAAGGAGAGCUGAGUUCGAAUGUGAUUUAACCCGCUGUUCGUUCACCGCCGGCCGCUGAAUGAGCUGCGGUGACACGGUCCGGGUUCACGGUUCAUGAGCGAAGGCAGUCUCGAGGUGCAGCCAUGCCCGUGUCCCUGCUGUGGGCUGUGGACGUGUACGGGCGGGUCUACAGUCUGUCCACAGCGGGGCAGCAGUGGGAGCACUGUCGCGAUGCCCUCAUGGAGUUCAAGCGGGUGACGGCGGCUCAGCAGUGCUGCUGGGGCAUCGCCUGCGACAACAACAUCUACCUGAACGUCCACGCGUCGGACCUGUCCAUCCGCUACCAGGAGGAGACCUACGAGAAUCAGCGGUGGAAUCCCGUGGACGGUUUCUCCGACCGCUUGUUGCCAAGCGACCGCUGGCAGUGGAGCGACGUCACCGGGCUGCAGCACCAACCUCUGGACAGCUUCCGACUUCCGUCUGGCAGCUGGGAGUGGGAGGGAGACUGGUUCAUUGACGAGAACUUUGAGGGGGAGCCCACGGAGAAAGUGGGCUGGACGUACUCCAUCGACUUCCCCGCCACCUACACCAAAGACAAGAAGUGGAACUCGUGCGUGCGUCGUAGGCGAUGGCUCCGCUACAGACGAUACAAAGCCACGGACACCUGGGCUAAAAUCCCGUCGCAGCAGUCGACUCUGCCCGAUCCCUUCAGCGACAUCAGCUGUGGAGGGUGGGAGGUGAGCGAGGAGCCCCGGGGCCGUCUGUCAUUGUGGGCCGUGUCCCUGCAGGGCAAGGUUUGGUUCAGAGAGGGAAUCCACCACCACAAUCCUGAGGGCUCUCUGUGGGAGGAGGUUUCUCUCCCUGGAGAGGUGGUGCAGAUCAGCUGUGGCCCUGGAGACCUGGUCUGGGCAGUGCUGUGGGAGGGGCAGCUCAUUGUCAGGGAAGGCAUUGGCAGAGAUUGCCCCAAAGGUUCCUCCUGGGUGGUGGUGGACUCUCCAAGUCCUGAUGUGGGAGCCAUACACGUGGCUGUGGGAAUGAAUGUGGUGUGGGCCUUGACCAAAGACAACAAAGUGUGGUUCAGACGUGGCGUGAACUCACACAACCCCUGUGGAUCUGGCUGGAUCAACAUGGUGGGAGAAAUGCUGAUGAUCAGUGUAGGACUCAAUGACCAGGUGUGGGGGAUCGCCCGUGAGGACCGGGCCGUUUACUUCAGACAGGGCGUGACCUCCAGUGAGCUGAGCGGGAAAACGUGGAGGGUCAUCAGUGUUCCUCGAGACGGAGAACGAUCUCACUCCAGCGCCAGUGCCAGCAGCCUUCAGAGUGCUGGAUGUUACUUCUGUGGUGAGGUGCGUGGUCAGUCAGUGGCGAGUGACGUGGAGUCCGACACAGACAAAGGAUCCACAGAUGGAGCCACGGGCCUCGUCGCCUCCGAUUACCCAGAACCCCUUGACGCCCCCGCAGACCAAACCUCAGACGGCCCCAAACCGCUAAUCCCCAAAGUCACGAGCGACAGCUUCAUCUCUGAACUCGUCUCCGAUCGAGAUUCCGCAAAGAGCGCGAGAGACGUCACGUGUGCCGCUCCGUCCGUCCUGCCGGAGGAGGACGACGUCCCAGGAGACGGAGAGGUCACAGCUCCCUCUAGUGGUGCGGCACUUCCCCCGAGUCAGUCUGGAGGUCCUCGCGACCCUCAGUGGAGUAAUGUGGACCUGGAGGAGGCGCAGAUCCUGCAGGUCCAGACUGGACUGGUGCCGGAAUCGUCUGAUACUUGCAGCUUGUCAUCGGUGGCUACGUACACUCUGGCCAUGGAGGAUCAGUACGGAGCGGACGAGCACCCGCUGUGGGCGUGGGUCAGCGGGGGAGGCUGCUCCGUGGACACUCACUCCCAACUUCACUGGUUCAACUGCUCGAUGAACUCGUCAUCUCUGGUGCAGUCAGUCCAGUCCAUGAGUCUGUCCGUCAGUCCAGCACAGACGGCAGCCUGGAGGAAACAAAUCCUCCAGCAGCUGAGUGAGCGGUCCAAGAGAGAGAUGGACAACUUCAGACAUUACGAACAAGCCAUAGAACAGUCCGUGUGGGUGAAGAAAGGAAGCAUGCAGUGGUGGAGAGACUGGAAACCUCACAAGUGGAUCGACGUCCAGUUUGCCUUGGAGCAGUUCACGGGACCAGAGGGCAACAAGGACGGCAUCCUCUUCAUCUACUACAACUUCUGCGAGGAGAAGAAGUAUCUACACGCCUUCAUCAACGAGAUCACCAUCCUGGUUCCUGUGCUGAACGAAGCCAAACACACUUUUGCCGUGUACACUCCUGAGCGGACCAAACAGAGGUGGCCGAUCAGACUGGCGGCGGCCACAGAGCAGGAGAUGCACGACUGGCUGGCGUUGUUGAGCGCGUCGUGCUGCGACUCCAGAAAGAUGCAGGGUCCUCCCUCCAAACAGGCCAUGUGGUCCAUCACCUGCAAGGGAGACAUCUUUGUCAGCGAGCCGUCUCUUGCUCUGGAGGACAUGCCGUACCCCACGCCCUGCGACCAGAUGUUCUGGCGCCAGGUCGGAGGUCACCUGCGUGUGGUGGAGUGUAACAGCGUUGGCGUCGUGUGGGGGAUCGGCUACGACCACACGGCGUGGGUGUACAGCGGCGGCUACGGCGGCGGCUUCUUCCAGGGUUUGGCCAGCAGCACGGACAACAUUUACACGCACACCGACGUGAAGAGCGUCUACAUCUACGAGAACCAGCGCUGGAACCCGGUCACGGGCUACACCAGCAGAGGUUUACCCACAGAUCGCUACAUGUGGAGCGACGCGUCAGGUCUGCACGAGCGCACAAAGACAAACACCAAACCUCCCUCCCCUCAGUGGACCUGGGUUUCCGACUGGGCCAUCGACUACGGUGUCUCAGGAGGGACAGACAGGGAAGGCUGGCAGUAUGCGGCAGAUUUUCCAGCCUCAUAUCAUGGCUAUAAAACCAUGAAGGACUUUGUGCGUCGCAGGCGGUGGGCCAGGAAGUGUAAACUGACCACUACUGGACCGUGGCAGGAAAUCCCGCCCAUCUCACUGAGUGACGUCACCAUCCUUCCAUGUGCCACUCAGAGCAGCAGCGGCGUGGACGUCGUUGCUCUGUGGGCGAUCAGCAACAAGGGAGACGUGCUCUGUCGACUGGGAGUCAGCGCACUCGCGCCUGCUGGAACCUCGUGGCUUCACGUGGGAACCGACCAACCUUUCAAGUCCAUCUCCAUUGGAGCCGCCAGCCAAGUUUGGGCCAUCGCGAAGGACGGUUCUGCUUUUUACAGAGGUUCUGUCUCUCCUCAGAGUCCUGCAGGAGACUCUUGGUACCACAUCCCCUCUCCAGCCAAACAGAAGCUGAAGCAGGUGUCUGUUGGGAGGACGUCGGUCUACGCUGUGGAUGAAAAUGGUAACCUGUGGUACAGACAGGGCGUGGCUCCCAGUUACCCUCAGGGCUCCUCCUGGGAACACAUCUCUAAUAAUGUACGCAAGGUCUCUGUGGGACCUCUGGACCAGGUGUGGAUCAUAGCAGACAAGGUUCAGGGCAGCCACGGUCUCAGCUGUGGGACAGUGUGUCAUCGACUCGGCGUCCAGCCGCUGACGCCCAAAGGACAGUCGUGGGACUACGGCAUCGGGGGUGGCUGGGAUCACGUGACAGUGAGGGGAAACUCCAUGGAGCCGCCGCGCUUCCGUCUGCCCUUUCUAACUCAGAGCGUCCUUCAGGUCAAAGACGUGGAGGUCAACGGGAAUGCUACGUAAAAACACACACACACACACACACACAGGUGUACGUAAAACCACUUUAACUGAGCUUUAAAAAAAGCUACAGGAGCAUCAGUGACCAAUUUCUCUGGACAUUUCAAUUUCCGAUUACUGCCGAUGCAGAGACAAGCGACCGUCAUUUCCUUCCUCAUUGUCUUUUGUCCCUGACACUGAACUUGAGAGCAUUUUUGUUUAUUUAUUUAUAACUGUAUUCAUGUGUGUGUGUAGUCUAUGGAAGGGUGAAGGGUAAAGGUAAAAAAAAGGUGUGUAUAUAUAUAUUCAUGUAAUUUUAUGUAAAACCUGUUAGAAACCUAAUAUUAAUAAUAAUUGAUCCAGGCUGCUUUUAUUGUCUGUGUAUCAGACGGACUGCUGUAGAACUUCACAAAAACAGGUGUUUUUGUUGCCUAAAUGUUGGGGCGUUGUCACAAAUCUUGCUUUUAUGCGUAAAACAUCCAAAAUUAUGGACGAAUGAGAGGAAACCAUUGUGAUAGCAGCUGUAAAAGUGACCCCCAAAUACAUCAGAAUCAAAGAAAAGGGAAUUUAAAACAGAUUUUCUACAGGGAGCUUUACAUUUUAAUCUGUUCUCUGUUAUCGCUUAUUUUUACCCCGUGGUGGUUUCUGCUGCUUGGCUUGUAUGGUUUAAAGAAUUUAAAGUUAUUUUCUAUAACAGAGAGGAAAAUAAAUUGAUAUAAGACAUUGACAGAGACUGUGCAAUGUUUU